AUGAAACUCUUCCUAUUAUUUUUGGCUCUUGUUUCUUGGCCAAGCCUAGUUUCCGGGCUUUUGGGCUUGGGCCGACUUCAAUCAAUUGCCGUGACUGGGAAAUUGACGUGUAAUGGGCAACCGGCCAAGGAUGUGAAAAUCAAAUUGUAUGAAAAGGAGAAAAGUGGGUUUUCGGGCUAAAAGCCUAAUAAUCCCCAAAAAUUUUACAGUCAAAGACAUCAAAUUGGACGAAAUGUACACCGAUGCUUCAGGAUCUUUCCACGUUUCCGGAUCGAAAACUGAAAUCACAAAUAUUGAUCCGAAAGUCAAUAUUUAUCACAGAUGUGAUAGAACUGCAGUGAGUCCAGAAAAUUUUAUAUUUUUUGAUAUAGAAAAAUACGUUUCAACAGAUUGUUAUCACCAAAUUUUGAAAUUGGUUAGAUAAUUAAUCGACUAAAAAUUAACCUGAGUUUCAAGAGAGCCUCAAAAAGCUCAUCUCCUAUCCCAUAUUUUCCAGCCUUGCUACCGCAAACUCGGCAUCACGAUCCCGGAUCAAUACAUCACUUCAGGCGGUGUUCCUCGAAAAACCUACGAUAUCGGAACCCUGAAUUUGGGCAACAUCUACUACGGUGAAACUGUAGACUGCAUAAAUUAG